AUGCCUUCCAUCUCCAAGAUGGCCGCCACGACGCUGGCCUUGACGUCGGCCGUGCUCGUCGGCGUCCCCGGGGUCUCGGCCGCCGCCAUCCGCGACCUUGAGCAGGCCGAGUUCUGCGGUUGGGAAGCGGAAAAGGAGCCGGCCGCCGGCGCGGCGAGACGCCAGAGCGCGCAGGUCCCCCAGGACAUCCUCGACCUGUUCGGCCCUCCGCCCAAGGACGGGGAGCAGCAGCAGCAGCCGCCUCCCGCCGCGCCGGCAGCCCCUCCUGUCCAAUGGGAGCUGCCUCCGCCUCCGGCCGACGACGGCCGCAUGCUCAAGGUCGGCGUCUACAUGCACGUAGUCGACGAUCCUGAAGACAAGACGCUGACCGAGUUUCAUCUCAAUCGCGCUGACUUUGACCGGCAAAUCGUCGCCUUGAACAAGGGCUUCGCCCCUGCCAACAUCUCCUUCCACUUCCUCGACGCCGACUGGAAGCGCGCCAAGAUCCAGGGCCACCCGAUGCGCAUGCCGCUCACACAAGAGCUGCACCGCGGCGACCGCAAGACCCUCAACCUCUACUGGCGCACGGCCGGCCCGACCUAUGGCGGCACAACGCAGACGUUUGUAGGGAGCCAGAACGAGAAGCGGGACGGCAUGUACGUCAACGUCGCCACGGUCCCCGGCAGCGCCCAUCCCGUCUGGAACCAGGGCAAGACGGCCGUCCACGAGGCCGGCCACUGGUUCGACCUCGAGCACACCGAAAUGACCAACCCUGGCGACUGCGAGUGGAACUGGAUGAACAAGCCCGGCUUGAGCAACGAGUGCGUCUGCCCCCCUUGA